AAGAAGAAGAGUGAAGGUUACAGUCAUGGCUGCAGCUGUGGUUCGUGGGAUCGGAUCAAAUUUGUCGAAGAAUCUGCGCGAGAUCCGCUUGCAUUUAUGCCAAACAUCAGCUGCUAGUCAGGGAGCCAGGGAUUUUAUUGAGCAGCAUUAUGUACAGUUAAAGAAGGCGAAUCCUGAUUUUCCAAUCCUCAUUCGGGAGUGCUCUGGAGUCCAGCCCAAACUGUGGGCACGAUACGGCGUUGGUAAAGAACACAGCUCUCCACUGGACAACAUGAACGUCGACCAAGUGGCCAAAACUCUAGAGACAUUAAUGAACACCAAGCCAAUGAUCUUGCAUUUCCGGUAAUGUUCAGCGCAUGAA